UGUGUGUGUAUGACGAGAAAAAGCAGGAGGGGAGGAACUGAAAGUGAAGCGGAUUUGGUUUGGAGCAGGAGGGUGUAGCCGGCGCCUAGCGGCCCGGACCCCGCUACCUGCGGGCCCAGGAAGACUCCGUUCCCUUCAUGAGGAAGAGGAGGGCCUGAGGCCAAUAUGUCAGACAACGGCUUUGAGCGGGCUCCCGGUGCGGGUCGAGGCCGAGGGGGAGGUGCCCCUCUGGCUCCUGAGAGUGGGGCCCGCAUGGGGAUGAGCGGCGGCGGCGGCGGCGGCGGCGGCUUCGGAGCUCCCGAGCAGCUGCUCAAGCAGAGCUUAGCCCACCACCAGGAGCCCCUUCGGCCGCCCAAGACUGCGCCUCCAGGAAUAAACGUCGCCUCAGAACAGACAAGAGCAACAUCCCUACCAGAAAAAAAUAGUUCCAGGACAGCAGAGGCUAAACCUCAUGUGGUUGUGGCUCCAGUGGUAAUGUCAAAGCUUUCAGUGAAUGCUCCUGAAUUUUACCCAUCAGGAUAUGCUCCUAAUCUUAAUGAACUUUCUUUAGAAGAUGGUUGUGAUGGAUAUCCAAGUCUAACUGAAUACGUGCAGGACUUUCUAAACCGCCUUGCAGGACAGCCAGCUUGUUUUGAAACUGAAAUAGCCCAUUUUUCAGAAAUUCUAAAUGGCUGUGUCACUGCAGAUGAAACUUUACAAGAACUUGUUGAACUCAUUUACCAACAGGCUACAUCUGUCCCAAAUUUUUCCUAUAUGGGGGCAAGGCUGUGCAAUUACCUUUCUCAUCAUCUCACUAUUAAUCCACAAAGUGGCAACUUCAGACAAUUACUGCUUCACAGGUGUCGAAAAGAGUAUGAAAAUAGAGAUGAAGCCGCCAAGGGAGAUGAAGCUGCACGGAAAAGAUUUCAUGCAUUUGUGCUAUUUUUAGCUGAACUUUAUCUAAAUUUAGAGAUUAAAGGAACUAAAGGUCAAGUAACCCGAGCAGAGAUUCUUCAGACUGGACUUCAGGAAUUAUUAAACACGCUUUUUUCUAAUCCUGUGGACAACAAUUUAAUCUGUGCAGUAAAGCUACUGAAAUUGACAGGGUCAGUACUAGAAGACGCAUGGAAAGAAAAAGGAAAGACUUACAUGGGUGACAUAAUACAGAAAAUAGAAAAUGUUGUCUUGGAUGCAAAUUGCAGCAGAGAUGUAAAGCACAUGCUUCUGAAACUAGUAGAACUGCGAUCAAGUAACUGGGGAAGGGUACAUAUAACGUCAACAUACAGGGAAGCAACUCCAGAAAAUGACCCUAACUACUUCAUGAAUGAACCAACAUUUUAUACAUCUGAAGGUGUGCCUUUCACUGCAGCAGAUCCAGAUUAUCAAGAGAAAUAUCAAGAACUCCUUGAAAGACAAGAUUUGUUUCAAGAGUUUGAAGAAAACGGAACGGACUUAUCAGGAGCUGGAGAUCCGUAUUUUGAUGAUGAUGACGAUGACGAUGAUGAGAUGGACCCAGAAAUUGAAGAAGCAUAUGAAAAAUUUUGCUUAGAAUCGGAACGUAAGAGGAAGCAGUGAAAUGUUGCACGUUAAUAUUAGUGGUUUUCUUUUUUAAAAAAAACCAGCAUAGGUAUGAAUAGCAGGUAGAAUGGAUGGGAAAUCCUUGUAAUGUCCAUACCAAACAAAGGAAAUUAAGUUUCUCCAAGUACUCAAGUUAUGCAAUUUCCAUUUUGUUAAACAGAAUCUGCCAAAAAAAUGUAAACUUAAAUCCUGUAACUUAAAACAAUGUGUAUAUAUCAUAGUUUAUUUUAUGUACAGUUAAAUAAGCAAUGCUUUGGCUGGAACAAAUUUUAUUUGAAACAUGUCACAUUAAUCUACAAAUUUGAGGGUUAUUGUAUUAACGUUACAUUUUUUCUGAAAGUAAAAUCCCUUGAAUCAUAGACAUAUUGACUUGCUUUUGGAAUGGUUUCGUAUUGCCUUUCCUUUGUGAAGGACAUAGCUGUCAUCGCAUAUUUUUAAACUCAUGGAAUGGCAAAAUAACCUUUUUUAAUAUUUUACAAUCAUGAAAAUGGUGAGCACUGAAGGAAAAUGCAAAAACUUGAAGAAAGUUUUGUUUUCGAACACUUAGAUAUUUGAUAGGCGUUUUAGUUCAUGCAACUGAUUUUCAACAAAUUGGCUCAAUUUGGAUGUCUUCACAAGAGUCCACAGUUCCACCGUACCCAUGGUUUACAGCAGCCUUUCCAAACCUUGGGUACCCAGAUGUUGUUGGCCUACAAAUCCUUUCAUCCCUGAUCAUUAGACAUUCUGGCUGGGAAUGAUGGGAGUUGCAAUCCAAGAACAUCUGGAGACACAAAGUCACGAAAGGCUGGAUUAGAAGAUUGGAAGCAAGAUGUCUGAAUUUAGCCAUUCUGUUAUCCUCUCUCCGCCCCCGGCAGUACUCUUCAAAAAUACAUGAAAUUGCUUUUAGGUUAAAGUUGCACAAUAAUGUGUGUUGCUUUGAAAUACAGUCCUAGGAUGUCAGCAUUUCUGACACUCUUCAGUUUGGUAAUUUAGGUACAAUAUACUAUCACUUGUAAAAAAUAAAACAGUUUUAUAUUAAGAAAAUAACAAAUUCUAAAUAAUUCUGCUGGUUAGUGUAGCUUCCCUUUUAUUCAUUAUUUUUAAAAUUUUGCCAAGGACACUUCUAAUUUUUUUGUUGCUCAUUUUAUAUUGAAUAGAUGAAGUAGAGUCUAUUUCCUAACACCAAAUGUGUGUUUUGAAUUUCCCAAGAAGUAGGUAAAAUAACUUAUAUGAAGACAGAGGUUGUAAAUAUGCAUGUAAAUAGAGCUGUUUAAUAUUGCACUGUUAUAACAUGGUAUAAUUUGUGUCUGUUAAUGCAGUUAGCAUCAACUUCAUCUUCUGGUUGUUCAUUUGUUUAGCUUCUUAGUUAACACCCUAUUUUGGAAAAUAAACUGCUUUGUUUUGUUGGGUA